UGGCCCAGGCCGGGGGAGUCGCUCCCACGCCCCGCCGCCCCCUCCCCGACGCCUGGUGAACCGGACGACCCUCCCCCUCCCGCCCCACGCGCGACGCGGGGAUGGCUCCGUGGCCUCACGGGAACAGCUCAUGGCCAGGCGCUCCAACCCUGGCACCCAAUACCGCCAACACGAGUGGGCUGCCUGGGGCGCCGUGGGCCGCAGCCUUGGUGGGGGCGCUGCUGGCACUGGCGGUGCUGGCGACAGUGGGAGGCAAUCUGCUGGUAAUCGUGGCCAUCGCGCGGACGCCGCGGCUCCAGACCAUGACCAACGUGUUCGUGACUUCGCUGGCCACAGCCGACCUGGUGGUAGGGCUUUUGGUGGUGCCCCCGGGGGCCACUCUAGCGCUGACCGGCCACUGGCCCCUGGGCGCCACCGGUUGCGAGCUGUGGACCUCGGUGGACGUGCUGUGCGUGACCGCCAGCAUCGAAACCCUGUGCGCCCUGGCCGUGGACCGCUACCUGGCAGUAACCAACCCGCUGCGCUACGGCGCACUGGUCACCAAGCGUCGCGCCCGGGCGGCCGUGGCCCUGGUGUGGGUCGUGUCCGCCGCGGUGUCGUUUGCGCCCAUCAUGAGCCAGUGGUGGCGCGUGGGGGCCGACGCUGAGGAUCAGCGGUGCCACUCCAAUCCGCGCUGCUGCGCCUUCGCCUCCAACAUGCCCUACGCGCUGCUCUCCUCCUGCGUCUCCUUCUACCUUCCGCUUCUUGUCAUGCUCUUCGUCUACGCGCGAGUUUUCGUGGUAGCCAGGCGCCAGCUGCUCUUGCUGCGCCGGGAGCUGGGCCGCUUCCCACCAGAGGAGUCUCCGAAGACUCCGUCCCGCUCCGUGCCCGGUGCCCCGACGGGGCCAUGCGCCUCGCCCGCAGGGGUGCCCUCCUGCGGCCGGCGGCCCGCGCGCCUUCUGCCCUUGCGGGAACACAGGGCCCUGCUCACUUUGGGUCUCAUCAUGGGGACCUUCACUCUCUGCUGGUUGCCCUUCUUUGUGGCCAAUGUGGUGCGCGCCCUCGGAGGCCCCUCUCUGGUCCCCAGCUCGGCUUUCCUCGCCUUGAACUGGCUGGGUUAUGCCAACUCCGCCUUCAACCCGCUUAUCUACUGCCGAAGCCCGGACUUUCGCAGCGCCUUCCGCCGCCUGCUGUGCGUCUGCGGCAGCUGCGGGCCUGGGGAGCCCCACGCUUCCGAAGCCCCGGCCCGCAAAGCCCCCGGCGCCCCUGCGCCCUUGACAAGCCUCGCGGAGUCCAGACAAUGCCCGCCGCUUGACGGGUUUGAUGGCAACGUCGGUGAGAUCCGCUUCCGGUGUGAAGGAUAGCAGUGAGGAAUCUGGCUUGCUGGGGAGUUUGCUAGGCCUGGAUGGAUGAGAAACAGCAGUUCCGUUUAUCCAGAACCUGUGGAAAGCCUCUGGCCUCUGUUCAGAAAGAGCCCCCGUGGAGUUCCCCGGUUGGAAAACUCUACCCUGCAGACCCGGAUGGCUGGG